AUGCUAAUAGAAGGGGUGAAUCCAGAUCAACUGACCUUUGUUGGGAUGUUGUCUGCAUGCAGUCACAGUGGGCUGGUUGAUUGGGGAUUAAAAUUGUUUAAGAGCAUGACUCAAGUUAACCUUAUUGAACCUCUAGCUGAACACUAUGCUUGCAUGGUAGACUUGCUUGGCCGUGCAGGGAGGUUAGAGGAAGCCUUUGAAAUAGUGAGGGAUAUGAAGAUCAAGGCAACUGCAAGAAUGUGGGGUGCAUUACUUGGAGCUUCCAGGAUACACCGGAAUCUAAAGUUUGCCAAUUAUGCUACGAAGAAACUUUUAGAACUCAAACCUGAUAAAACUUCAAAUUUUGUGCUAUUGUCAAACAUGAAUGCUGAGGCAGGCAGAUGGGAUGAGGUUGAAAUAGUCAGUAUGUUGAUUAACCAACGUAAAAUGGCCCCAGCCGCAGUUGGGAAUCAUGCUAUUCUCUUUGAUGAUCCAGUGCAACCCAGAACAGCAGAGAUAUGCAGUGUACUGAACUCCCUAGCCAGAGAGAUGAAAAACACUAGUUCCUUUGAUGAAUGUUUUACCACCUACAGAUACGAUAAAUGGCUCUGUUGAAGAUUUGUGUGCUGAGCCGUCCAGUUUAACUCUUCCCUUAUCUUGGAAGGAUCACUAUAAACUUUAGCAUAAUCCCCUGGCCUUCGACCUAGAUAUUCGACCUUGAUAUCUGCCCCUGUCGCCUUCUUACAUGCUUCCACAAACUCCUUCACUGAACUACCUGUUAUCAAAGUGAUUUAAAAGAUUAGGAUUACUGAGAGCCAGAAGGGAAAAGAAGGGUAAGUCGAGGAUAGGAGAAAAAUGAAAUUUAAGAAAGAACCUGGAUUUCCCAACCUUUUCCAGUUCCCACAUUGUAGAUGCCAACUUUACUUGGCUGUGCGUUGGCAAGAGCUUUUACAUGAGCAUCAACCAGGUCAGUGACAUCAAUAUAGUCCCUCACGCAAGUGCCAUCAGGUGUCGCAUAAUCUAUUCCUCUGACCUAGAAAACAUGAAUAAAGCAAUUCACUUCUACAAUUCAAAGACUAGUAGAGGAUUUUUCCCUUCACAACUCCAGGGGAGAAGGGUGGAAGUGGAAGGAGAUGAAGUACCUUCAGUCCAGAAAUAAUUCCUCGAGCUGCAUCAAAACAAGCUCCAGAUAUUCGGCCCUGCUCACGUAGCUCAGGACGAGGAGCCUCUCCUAAUCUUCCCUCAGGAUCUGAUCCUAUAACAUUAAAAUAUCUGCAUAUAGCCAUAUAUAUGUUAGUGAUGGUGGGCAAUAUGUGCACUAUACUGCUUCCAAGUAAGCAGAACAUAACAAACAAUAUAAAGAUGAGGUAUAGAAACACAGGAUUCAACUACCGUAAGAUCA